GACUAUUACCCCGCAGUUGAAAAAACACUGCGAAAUAACUUGCAAUAGGCCACUUUCAUUCAAACCAACCAUUGUCGAAUACGCAAAUACUGCCGGAGAUCUUGAGUUUUAAAUCUGGGUGAAAUACUACGUUGAGCCUACCAUAUCGGAUCACAAUACAGCGAAAUUCAAGUUUCAUACGCCAACAUGAGACAUAGACUUACGCGUAAAUCACCAUAGGUUGAAGGUUCUGCCAACAGUGCCGCAACCGAGCAAGCUCCAAGUUGAUGGCAGUCUGUAAAAUUUUCCCCUCCGAACCAGCCGAUUCUCGCGAUGACAUUCCCAUCCUCUGCUAAGUCCGCCAGCUCAAAAGCUCGGGUUAUCAUGGUACUAACUACUCAUGUAUCACCCAUCUCGCAAAACCAGCAGAAUGGUCAAAUUUUCCUCUCAGGCAAAAUAUAUCUCUUCGAUCUCAGUUUUGCCAGAUGACCUCCUCCUCGUCAUCUUUCAGGUCGUCGCAGACGAUAUUUAUGGCGUCGAUGAGCAGCUGCGCCUUGAUUGCGUGGCACUCGCGAGUGUUUGUCGUGGAUGGCGGUCACUUGUUCUCAGUACCUCUCGUUUCUGGAUGCGCCUGCACAUGAUGACAAAGUUCGGCGCCCUUUCCAGGGAACAUCUCGAAAGGAAUGUGAUGAGAUCUGCGAAUGCGCUAGUUGACGUUGUCAUAUAUGUUGCAAAGCCUCCCGACCCAUGGGGCCAAACUGGUUGGUCUCUGGUAUUUGACGGAGCCAAGACGUGCCUCCAAGUGCUGCGGGAGUGCAGCCACAGAUGGAGGAGCCUCAAAAUCAUCAAUGAGAAGGACAAUCAUUCAGGCCUCUUCGACUUUGUGCUGUCAGAGCUGGGUCUCCCUCACGCACCAGUACUGAAUGAGGUCGAGAUCAUCUGUCACAGCAGUGGUUGGAUCACUUCGUUGCAGGAAUCCUUCCAGUUUCUAUCGACCACAUACACCCCCUCGCUGAAGAUGUUGAAAUGGGAGGGAUGCGACUCAAACAUAUUACCUGGGCACUUUGAUGCAUCAUCCCUGACACAUCUCAGUCUCAACUUCUUGCGUCAAUUUAGCCACACUCCCGCUUCAAACAGCCUUGUCACAUUCCGCAACUUCUUGUCAUGUGCACGAAAUCUCGUUUCCCUCGAGGUACAUCGACGGGUCUUUUUGGUGGAGCACGCAAAAACGGACGGUGAAGUAGACCCUGUCAUACUUCCUGCUCUCCGAACUCUCAGUGUCAUUAUGGGCACAGAGAAACCAGCCUAUCUCAGUAGCAUCCUUGAAACCAUUGCCACCCCGAAUCUACAUCACCUCGCAGUCCACGGUGAUUCGCUGGCAUGGGAGGAAGAUGGUCUUAUCGAUUUCUCCUCACCAGCAUUCUUCCUCGGACAAGACGAGACGCCGAAAUUCCCGUCUGUGUGCAAGCUGACGAUGAAAAACAUGCUCCAGUCGAUCCAUGGGCCGGGGAAGAACAUGCGCUCUAUCUUUACUGCGUUUCCUAAUGUGACAGAAGUUGUGCUUGACCAUGAUGUUCGGGAGAUCGCUGAUCACCUCGUAAUGGAAUCAUACGACGAGAAAGCGCCGCCACUAUGGCCGUGCCUGCAGCAUCUGAUAAUCGAGAUGCCCCCUAUGACGAAGUUCCACUACCUCCCACAGCUCUAUGAGUGGCUGCGCCUUCGGCGCGGGUGUGGACUCUCCCUGCCCGCGGUGGUUAUCCGCUACGGGCUCCAACGAGCCGGGGUGAAGGAGGACGCUAGAGAUUUGAUUGUCAUGAGGAAAAUUGUGAAUGAUGCAACGGGUUACCGCGCAUCUGACACUAGGAAGGUGGUGAAGCAGCUUGGAAAGCUGGGUGCGUUGGUAGAUCUGAGAGUUGAGUCAUGGACUGAGUGAAUCGUUUAUUGAUACAAACACAUAUGCCAUCUUACUUUUAGUGAAAGCACUCGGCGUUGAGAUACUAUGUACAAGGCAACUUCAGGAAUUCCGUCACUCGGCUGCAUUGCGUGAGGAAAGUCCUUGGUCACAGCAUAAUUACCUACGUUCGAAAGGUAGUCUAGC